AGGACUUCCACCCUAUUGCCUCCGGCCGGCGGCGGCGAUUCUGUGCUGCCGCCCCACGCCUCCGCCGUUGCCGAGCUGCCCCCCGCCCGCAAGUGCAAUCGAAUCCAAUCCCUCUUCCCUACCAACUACGUAGACCGGAAGAAUCGAAUCCCUCUUUCUUUACCAACGGCGGCAAGCCACCAUGAUGCGCGCGCCGCUGCGAGAAGGAAAGAAUCUUCUUUCCCCACUCCUCUGCUUUGGUGGACGGAGGCUGCGGCAAGAAGAAAGGAAUCUUCUUUCCCCACUCCUCUGCUUUGGUGGACGGAGGCUGCGGCAAGAAGAAAGGAAUCUCAUUCCAUGGCCUGAUUUUAUCUCUCUCGCCCACCUCUUUCUCCGCAGUGCUUCCUUCCCCGUCUGAUGCAGCGAGCACGGCGACGCGACGGCAUCCCCUUCCUGCUGUUCGCCCCGCAGAUCUCUGAAGUUUGGUCUCUUGGGAGAGAGAGAUCUCUGAAGUUUGGCUAGUGUUGAUGUUCACAGCUCCAACGCUGCAUUCACUGUUUUGAGGCUGCUGUCACGGUGUCACCGCCGCAGUCUUCAUCUUGGUCUCCGUGGCGUCUCAUAACACCAGUACAGCCUCCAUCAGUCACAAACAAUUGAUCAAUCCACAAGCAUCCAGUAAAUGGAGGCGACCGCCAUCAGUAUCGGCAAGUCCGUGUUGAGCGGGGCACUCAACUAUGUCCAGUCGGCUGUGGCCGAGGAGGUGGCUCUGCAGCUUGGUGUCCAGCGUGACCACUCCUUCAUUUCAGACGAGCUCGACAUGAUGCGAGGUUUCCUGAUGGCUGCAAAUGACGAGCGGGAUGACAACCUGGUUGUGAAGAUAUGGGUGAAGCAAGUCCGCGAUGUGUCCUAUGCUGUCGAGGACUGCCUCCUGGAUUUUGCUGUCCGUCUUGACAAGCAAUCUUGGUGGUGUCUCUCCCGCAAGGUGCUAGCCCGACGUUAUGUAGCGGAGCAGAUGAAGGAGCUCAGGGCCAAGGUGGAGGAGGUCAGCCAGAGGAACCAACGGUACCACCUCAUCAAGGGCUCUAGCUCCAAGCCUACCUCAGCUGUUGGGCAGCCUACCAUCUCCAGUGCGACGAUGUCCGCCGCUGAUGAUGCAAGGCUGCGACGGCAGAAAGCAAAGAUGGAUCUCAUUGAGUUGACCAAUUGCAAGGAUGAGGCACUUCGAGUUAUAGCGUUGUGGGUCACAAGUAGUAGUGAUCUGCAGGAGAUGUCCAUCAUCAAAAGUGCCUAUGAAGAUCCCAUGAUACACAAGAAUUUCGAUUGCUGUGCUUGGAUCACACUGGUGUGUCCUUUCAGUCAAGCAGACUUCAUUCGAAGCAUUGUUAGGCAAAUCUGUGUUAAUUCUCUUCAAGAGACAGGAGAAGAAGAAGGAAAAACAACUAUUGGUGCCCAAGUUUUGAAGAUGAUGUCGACGACGAAAGAAGAUGGUUUGGCUUGUGAGUUCAAGAGAUAUUUGAAUGACAAGAGUUACCUAAUUGUACUCAAUGACAUACACACCACUGAAGAGUGGGAUUGCAUUAAAACAUGUUUCCCAAACAACAAGAAAGGAAGCCGAAUCAUAGUAUGCACUAAGCAAGUUGAAGUUGCAUGCUUAUGCAUAGAAGCAGAGGAUGAAGCUCUAGUGCAUAAGAAGUUAUUUGCUGAUCAGUCCCUUUAUGCUUUCUACAGUAAGGAGAGAAGGAAUUCGAAGGAAAAAGGGUCAAUCCCAUUUGUAGUAUCUACUGGUGUUAACAGCUCGACACACAAGAACAUCCUCACUCAAACGGAGGCAAUGGCUACUCUAGAGGAAUCUCGUCUCAUCGGAAGAGGGAAUGAAAAAGAGGAAAUCAUCAAACUAAUCUCAAAUAAAGAUCUCCGGCAAUUUCAUGUGAUCUCCUUGUGGGGAAUGGGUGGUAUUGGAAAAACAACACUAGUGAAAGAUAUCUAUCAAAGCCAAGAGAAUAGUAGCAUGUUUGAUAAGCGUGCUUGUGUCACAGUCAUGCGUCCUUUCAAUUUAGCAAUGCUCCUUGAGAGCUUAAUUAUGCAAUUCAGAGAUAAUAAUGAGGCAGAUUUAAGGACAUGUUUAGAAGGAAAGAGAUAUUUGCUUGUUGUUGAUGAUCUGUGGUCCAUAGUAGAGUGGGACGCUAUAAAACCAUAUUUGCCAGAAACGGGAGCAAGCUGCAUAAUAGUCACCACAAGGGAAGAGAAUAUUGCUAAGCACUGCUCAAAGGAUGAAACGAAUAUAUACAAGCUCAAACAUCUGGGCCCUGCUGACGCAUGUACCCUCUUCACCAAAAAGGUAUUUAAAGAGACCGUCAAUUUGGACGAGCAAUAUCCAGAGUUGGUUGAAGAUGCAAAACUGAUAUUGAAGAAGUGCAGAGGACUUCCCCUUGCACUAGUCACCAUAGGUGGCUUCUUGGCAAACCAACCAAAAACUGCUUUUGAAUGGAGAAAAUUGAAUGAUCAUAUCAGUUCUGAGUUGGAGAUGAAUCCCAAACUUGGUAUCAUAAAAGCAGUCCUUAUGAAAAGCUAUGAUGGUUUACCCUAUCACCUCAAGGCUUGUUUCUUGUAUCUAGCCAUCUUUCUUGAAGAUCAGCAGAUUGCACGAAGACGCUUAGUGCAUCGGUGGCUUGCAGAGGGUUACUCAAGUGAGGUGCGUGGUAAGUCUGCGGAAGAAAUAUUGGACGGUUACUUCAUGGACCUCAUAAGUAGGAGCAUGAUCCUGCCAUCUCAACGGUCAGUUUAUUGUAGGAAAGAAAUUGACUCUUGCCAUGUCCAUGAUCUCAUUCGUGAAAUUGCCAUCUCAAAGGCUAUGGAGGAAAAUCUUUUUUUCAUGUUGGAGGAAGACUGCAGUUUAAAUAACCAAGGCACAGUGCGUCAUCUUGCUGUAAGCAGCAACUGGAAGGGGGAUCAGUGUGAGUUUGAGAAUAUAGUAGACUUGUCCUGUGUACGAUCUUUGACAGUGUUUGGAAAUUGGAGGCCGUUUUACAUUUCUGAUAAGAUGAGGUUGCUACGAGUGCUGGAUUUGGAGGGCGAGUGGGAUCUAUUUGAUCAUCAUCUUGAGCACAUUGGGAAGCUUGUACAUCUUAGAUAUCUUUCUUUAAGGGGACAUGCUGAUAUAUUUUACCUGCCAAAUUCGUUGGGUAACCUGAGACAACUCCUGACACUAGAUAUUUCGGGUACAGGCAUAAUAAAGCUACCAAGGACUAUCAUCAAGCUUGUGAAGAUGCAACGCAUUCUUGCUAGUGGCAUAGGAGAGACACAUGAGGAUAUAUAUGAAGAUGCAGAUGAGCAGUCGCGAAUGAGUUUGCCUUCACAUUUAGUUGCCUUUUGUUUGGCAUGUCGUGAUUUUGCAAGUGAAGACGAUGCACAAGCACAACCUAACAGGCGUGAUAUGUGCACUGCAUUCUGCUGCGGCAUAUUACCUUAUUAUGCAGCAGGACGACAUCCAGGUGGUGUUGAAGUGCCAAGAGGAAUUUGGAAACUGAAGGCCCUGCGCACACUGCGUAUGGUGGACGUCUCAGUGGGGAAGGCUGUUGUUGAAGAUAUAAAAAAGCUCACCCGGCUGCGCAAGUUAGGAGUGACAGGCAUCAACAAGACAAAUGGUCAGGAGUUGUGUGCAGCAAUUGCUGGUCUCAGGAGCCUGGAGUCAUUGUCACUGCGAUCAUAUGGAAAAGCAGGUUUAUCAGGUUGCUUGGAUGGCUUGUCCUCACCUCCAGAAAACCUGCAGAGCCUCAAGUUGUUUGGCAACCUGGUUAAACUGCCGGAGUGGAUCCAGGGGCUUAAAAAUCUCGUGAAGCUGAAGCUAGAGAGGUCGAGGAUAUUGGAUUACGGUGCAGCCGUAAAAGUCCUUGGGAAACUAUCAAACCUGGCCUCCCUACGUCUAUUGAAGCACUCGUUCGUUGGUCAAGAGGUCCGUUUAAGAUUUCAUCGGGAGGCAUUCCCGAGCCUGAAGGUGCUGCAGCUGCAUUGGAUAAACAAUCUCAAGUCGGUGAAAUUUGAAGAAGGGGCAACACCUAAGCUUGAGUUGCUGCAGUAUUUUGAUUGGAGCCGUCCCAGUUAUGGGCUGUUUUCUGGGUUACCGCAUCUCCCAAGCCUCAAGGAAGUUAUGCUGCAUAGGUCAGUCUGGCGUGAGACCGAGUUCAGGGAAGACCUGGGAUGCCAGCUCGCAGAGAAUCAAAACAGGCCCGUUUUGAAGAGGUGGAAUGAGAAGUAGCUGUAUUCAACUCUCGUCUUGUGUAGUAAGUAUUUUUUUUUCUCAGUUUGAUAUUUUAUUUUUGCCCAAGAGGCUGUAAUAAGGUAGCUGGCUCUCUAGCUGCUCACGGAGCGAGUAUGGGCCAUGCAUACUCAGCCUUUUGGCCGGAUGGGGUGCCGGAUUUUGUACACGCUUUGAUUGCGAGCGACAUGGCUGGUCGUUCUGGUUAAUGGAAUGAAGGUCAUUCCGACUCAAAAAAAAAGUAUUUUUUUUUCUUUCAUGGAUGAAUCAAGACUUCCUAGCUAGGAAGGCUCAUUUUGUAUCGCCAACUGCAUGUGCAAGGUGUCAUUCCCUUGAUUUGUUUCCGCGUGUACAACCUAGCUGGUGUAGUCUGGAUAAAGUUUUGAUGCUUUCAUUUACCCGGCACUUGGCACUGCAAGCAUUUCUCAUCCCAAAAGCACCUACUCAUGUUUGUGUGCUCUAUGUGUGUAUGUAUGUAAUGUAAUGUAAUGCAUGUCCUGCUCAGCUAACAAAAUAUGUCAAAAAACGUCUUACAUUAUGGGAUGGAGUAGUAUUUUUGUUGUUGUUGAGAGGAAUAGCUCCUAUUCCAUUAGACUUGGUGCACCAAAUCAGUGUUCGCCAGUACCGAAACAAAGUCUAGUCGCUUAAACCUUCUUGGAGGUUAGGAAGAGGUGUCCUCCGUCUUCGUCCAAUCUGAAACACAACGGGCAUCUUCUAUCAAGAUCAAUGUGCUUACGCUUGAUGUUGAGUCUA